AUGUCCGAUUUCAUCAUCAUUACAACUUCUCCCAUUCCAGGGCCGUGGGUUUGGGUCAUUGCACACGCGACACUCGUUUUCGAAGGACUGCUGUGCGCCUUCGGACCCGGAUUCUCAGACAACUUCCACGGAAACAUACUAUCUGGGGCCGCAAUGCCAAAAUCCUCAAGCGCAACUGCUGGACUUCUAGCACGUCAGUUCAAGGAGAUUCAAAAGGCACGAGACUUGCCUGGGAUAUCCUGCGGAUUAGUCAAAGACAAUGUGUUUGAGUGGGAAGUAAUGCUUAUGAUCAACGAUGAUUGCAAGUAUUACGGAGGUGGUAACUUCACUUGCACUCUUACAUUCCCCCCAACAUAUCCACUCUACCCACCAACCUUGAUAUUCAAGACGCCAAUACCCUUCCAUCCGAACAUCUACCCCGACGGCACGCUAUGCAUCUCAAUCUUGCACCCGCCAGAAGAGGACAAAUACGGGUAUGAGUCAGCGUCCGAGAGAUGGAGUCCGGUACAGUCACCGGAGACGAUAUUGGUGAGCACAAUAAGUUUGAUGUAUAGCCCGAACGAUGAGAGUCCGGCGAACGUCGAGGCGGCAAAGCUAUGGAGAGCGGAGAAGACCAGUGGAGACAAGGAAUUCAAGCGAAGAUGUAGGAAGAUUGUUAGGGAGAGUUUAGGUGAGGAUUAA